CGUCAACCCGUUUACUCACCUCAAAAGGCGGUUAAUCUCCAUCAUUCGCCGACGCUUAAUGAUUCUUUGUCUCUUCUGUUUCUUGUAUUUUGGUCCAGCGUCAACUCUCGCCUGGUAGGCUUCCUCUUAUCAGUCUCAGAGGACCGGUAGUUUCAUAGGGUCCGAUUCCGUCCCGCCGUUUGACCUCAAGAGCACCCUCGCGGAUCUAGAGUACACCAAAGCUAUUUUGAUAAUCCGACAAGGCUCUCAAGUGAUCUACAAUCCGGCUGAAUGGCUGCUACUAGCUACAGAUGCGUCUAGAGUCCAUGCAUCUUAUGAAACUUCUAGCCAAACAUGAUGACAUCAAAUAUAUUGUCCCGUUUCCUUCCUCCGAAUGGGUCGCCGUCAGUGUAUGAAACCAUACGGCAGCACGAUUCUGACUCACCGGAUAUUGAGGAACGUGCAGGACUAGGUCUACUUGGGGAUGAGCAUCUGAGUCUUUAUGGCUCCGGAGAAUUGGAGGAAGCUUUGGCAGAUGUUGAGAGGGAUCAAUCCCCAAGCCCGAGUGAUCCCUUUUUGACCCCCCAGGCUCCUCAGAGCAUGAAGGCUGCCGGAAAGGCUCUCAUGAAAAGCGUAUCGCGGAAUCGCUCGCGUCGAGCUCAGGCAUUAUCACCCCGGCAUAAACCCGAGGACAGUGACGACGAGGUUCCAGCCUCCCUUCUCGUAGAAGGUGACCAAGACGAUGAGGAAGAUCUCAAAUCAAAACUCCCACCACCCCCGCCCUCCCGCACUUUGCAUGACCAUGGCUCUCACGCUGGUCCGUCCUUGCGUCGGGAUCGAACACGAUGGGAUACAGCCCGUGAGCAACUACCGGUACAUAAUACUCCUGGGAAACGCCACCAUGGGGCUCUGUGGUCAGCCGGAUACCCAGAUCUAGCCACAGUAGAUCCUAAAGUGAAAGCAAUGUGGAUGUGGGCGAAUGUGGAAAACCUGGACAACUUCCUGAAGGAAGUCUACACGUACUACCUCGGGAAUGGGAUCUGGUCAAUCUUAUUGAACCGAGCUCUAAGCCUUCUGACGUUUGCGUUUGUCGUAGGUUUCAGCAUCUUUCUGACGAAUUGCAUCGAUUAUCGCAGUGUACGCGGAAGUAAAACGUUAGAUGACAUUUACAUCCAGCAAUGCACCAAGAAGAUGUCCUUUUCCUCAAAUUUCCUGCUGUGGCUGCUAUCGUUGUUUUGGAUUGGCAAGUCCUUCCAGUAUAUUCUCGAUAUUCGAAGACUCAAGCACAUGCAUGACUUUUACCAUCAUUUACUGGGGAUAUCCGAUCCCGAGAUCCAGACGAUUUCCUGGCAGGAAGUGGUCAGUCGCUUGAUGACGUUGCGAGACUCUAAUCCUGCGACAGCCGGCGCUGUUUCUGCCAAAAAUCGCAAGUUUAUGGGCAGUCAAUCCAAGCAACGAAUGGACGCUCAUGAUAUCGCAAACCGACUGAUGCGGAAAGAAAAUUAUCUGAUAGCUUUGGUUAAUAAAGACAUCCUCGACCUCACGCUUCCGAUCCCGUUCUUGCGAAACCGGCAACUGUUUUCACGGACGCUAGAAUGGAAUAUUAAUCUGUGCGUCAUGGAUUAUGUUUUCAACGAGCAAGGGCAAGUUCGAACAUUGUUCUUAAAAGAUACCCACCGACGAGCAUUGAGCGAUGGCCUGCGCCGCCGGUUCAUCUUCGCCGGCAUCAUGAACAUUUUCGCCGCUCCGUUCAUUGUUGUGUAUUUCAUGACUCAUUACUUCUUCCGCUACUUCAAUGAGUACAAGAAGAAUCCUUCCCAGAUUGGGUCGCGUCAAUAUACUCCCUUGGCGGAGUGGAAGUUCCGGGAAUUCAACGAACUAUGGCAUCUCUUCGAGCGUCGGAUCAAUAUGUCCUAUCCAUUCGCUAGCCGCUACGUGGAUCAAUUCCCCAAGGAUAAGACUGUUCAGGUAGCGGGGUUUGUUGCCUUCGUCUCUGGCGCACUGGCGUCGGUGCUGGCUUUGGCUUCAGUUGUAGAUCCGGAGCUGUUCUUGGGGUUUGAAAUCACCCCAGAUCGCACCGUGCUGUUUUACCUGGGUGUUUUUGGGUCUGUUUGGGCAGUCGCCCAGGGCAUGGUGCCGGAGGAAACGAACGUGUUCGAUCCCCAAUACGCGCUUUUAGAGUUGAUCGACUUUACUCACUACUUCCCGAGUCAUUGGAAAGGUCGAUUACAUAGUGACGAGGUCCGCAAGGAUUUUGCCACUUUAUAUCAGAUGAAGAUUGUGAUCUUCUUGGAGGAAAUCAUGAGCAUGAUUUUCACACCUUUUAUUCUGUGGUUUAGUCUCCCAAAGUGCAGCGAUCGUCUCAUUGAUUUCUUUCGGGAGUUUACCGUUCAUGUUGAUGGCAUGGGCUACCUUUGUUCCUUUGCCGUGUUCGAUUUCAGAAAGGGCACCAAUGUCAUCUCCCAGGCGGAUCCCAGUCGACGAGAUCCCGCACGGCAGGACCUGCGGGCCGAUUACUUCUCGACCAAAGACGGUAAGAUGUUGGCUUCCUACUACGGAUUCUUGGAUAACUACGGGGCGAAUCCACGUCCGUCCAACAAGCGACCGUUCCAUCCUCCGCCCACGUUUCCCACCCUGGGAUCACCCUCGGCCAUUGAGAUGGGCACGUACGGCGAGCGAAUGGAUGCGGCCCUGCCACGGCCUGGCCCGGCUGGCGGAAUCAUGGGCCAACAGUCUACCUUUGGGGGGGCCCGGUUCGGCCCCCCGGGUUUAGGCGAUCACGCGUCUCCCGCUCCGUCGAUCCUCCUCGAUCCGCAUCACCAGCCGUCUGCGUCGGGAUUCCGUUCCAAUCAUCGUGCAGGAAUGUACUCUUCUCGCUAUCGUCCAACUCGACCAUCGCGUACUAUCUCCGACCCGAUCGCCGAUGAAGACGGGCCUUCCACGCAGGCUCGUGGUCUCGGGGUCAAGGCGUCACCGCAUGUGACCUCGGGAUCGAGCGGUGCAGGUAUCGGAACGAGCGACAGCAAUUUGGGCGAGUCGUGGCGGAUGAACUUGGUGGAAGAGAAGGACGAAGAUGGUGGGGAUGGAGAAGGCGCGGAGAAUGUGGAUGCGCUUGCUGGUGGCGCUGGGGUCUUGGGGCUGAUUCAACGGUUCCAACAAGUGAGCAAAGAUAAUCGGGGGCGUACGACGGUUGGUUUGUAGGAUUUUCAGUUUUCUGCAGACUUUGUCAAUCCGCCGAGAUGUGAUGUGAAUAUGUGAAUUCCGGGCCAUUUCGGCUCUGUGAGCCUCCGGGAUUUUCUUCCAGAUAGAAAGUCAUGACCUAUAUUGAUAGAGUGGGCGUCAACCUACGAAUCAUUGUGUUUUAAACGAUGUCUACUGCAGGCCUAAAAUAGAUAAUCAAGAAAGAGUCGG